UUCUGUAUAUCCUCUGCACGCCUUUUACCAAGGAGAAAACAAUCGAAUUACCAUUUCAGUUAAAAUAGAGUCCAAGCUCUUCUCACUGCCAUUGGAACAUGUAGUCUAGAAGUGUGAUGGCAGCUACUGGAACCCACCAAAAAGUGCUGAUAAGUUUGCUUAUAUUUUUGUUUACUUUUGUAGUAUUCUACAUGUAUAAACGGAACAAUACUUUAGCACCUCAGACACCUCAAGUGGUCCACAUUGCUAAGGAAAAUAAUACAAAUGAAAAUUACACGAUCCUCCUCAUAUGGUUUUGGCCUUUUAAGAAAAAAUUUGACCUGAACUCCUGUGCAUCAAAAUAUCAAAUCAAUGGAUGCCAUCUCACUGAUGACAGAAAUCUCUAUUCCAAAGCUGAUGGAGUGCUCAUCCAUCAUAGAGACAUCUAUGAUAAUCUGUCAAAUCUUCCCAAUCUGCCACGUCCUUUCUUCCAAAAAUGGAUAUGGAUGCUCUUUGAGUCUCCCCAGAAUUCGAAAAAAAUUCAAGGGCUGGACAACUUGUUCAAUGUCACCAUGAACUACCGGCGGGACGCUGACAUUACUGUGCGCGAGCAGCUGCAGUGCAACACUAAAGAAACUGAGGAGCCCAUUCCGGUCAAAAACAAAAAAACAAAAACUGUUUGUUGGAUUGUAAGCAACUGGAAUGAGAAUCACGCACGCGUGAAAUAUUAUAACAUACUUAAGGAGCACAUUGAAGUUGAGACGUUUGGGAGGCAUUUUAACCGGGUGCUUAGUAAUGAGGGGUACACCCAGACAAUAGAAAACUGCAAGUUCUAUCUCUCUUUUGAAAAUACACUUAAGAGUUCUGACCACACAGCGAUUGACUACAUGACUGAGAAACUGUACAGUCCACUCCGCCUGGGGACAGUGCCUGUUGUUUUAGGGCCACCAAGAGACUCCUAUGAGAGGUUCAUACCACGAGAUGCCUUCAUUCAUGUUGAUGACUUCAGUAGCCCCAAAGAGUUGGCAGACUAUCUACUCGGGAUAAAUGAGACUGAGUAUCACCAGUUCUUCAACUGGCGAAAACACUUCACAAUGACAGGUGUCAACUUUGCAGAGGAGCAUGCGUGUCGGGCAUGCCAGUACAUCCGUGAGAGAAAAAGCUUCCAAGUUUUCACUAAUCUCAACAAAUGGUACUGGGGAUAACGACUACUGUGUGACUACGCUGGGUCGUCAAGUGUUAUAAAGUGCACAGUCUUUUCAUAAGUCAUCAUAACACUGUGGUUAUUGCACUAUAACUAUUUAUGCUCAGGUAAUUUUAUGUGGAUAUUUGAUUUAGUUUCAUUUAGUAUAGUAUAGGUAGUAUAUUUACUAUUUUUGUAUUUUUUAUC